CUCAACACAUUUUCCAUCUACAAAUCAUUCACUCACUUCUUUCACCGCUUCUAAAACCCGCUUUGUCGAGAACCAAGUUAGCCAAUCUCUCAGAUCAGUAUCCAAAGUAAAAGAUUCGACGCAUCAGCCCACUCCUCAGAUAUCACCAUGAAGUGUUCAAUCAUCACCAUCGUAUCUAUUCUCGGCCUUGUUGGUGCCAGUCCCUCAAGCCUCGACAAGAGAUCCAAGCCACAAGGUUUAGAUGUAUCCGCAUGGCAAGGCAACGUCAAUUGGGCUCAAGUCAAAGCUAAUGGCGCCAGCUUCGCUAUCGUCAAGGCAACAGAAGGCACUAGCUAUACGAGCCCUUAUUUCACACAGCAAUACGACGGUUCCUACAAGCAGGGGCUAAUCCGUGGUGCCUACCACUUUGCCCACCCAAGUGCCCAAAACGGCGCCGCUCAAGCUGACUACUUUAUCGCUCAUGGCGGUGGCUGGUCAGCAGACGGCAAGACCCUCCCCGGCAUGAUCGAUCUCGAACCCAACGGAGGUUCAGAAUGCUGGGGCAUCACGCCUAGCGAGAUGGUGACUUUCAUCCACGAUUUCGGAAACAGAUAUCACUCCAAGACUGGCCGCUAUCCCAUGAUCUAUUGCACUACAAGCUGGUGGAAUACGUGCACUGGACAUAACACCGGUUUUGGUGCAGAUUACCCUCUUGUUCUUGCGAGGUGGGCGAGCACACCGGGUGCUAUGCCUGCGGGAUGGUCUUAUGAGUCGUUCUGGCAGUUUGCCGAUAGUGGGAAGUUUCCUGGAGAUCAGGAUCAGUGGAAUGGCGAUGAGGCUAGCUUGGAGAGAAUGGCUUUGGGUCAUUGAAGUUGGGUCGCAGCUGGGGCAUGCCAGAAAGAUGUUGACUGCUUAAAUUUAUUUUCUUUGGGUUAUCACUUGGACGCGUUUCUUUCGGUCAGUAUUUCAAGCGGAACGUCGUUGAGAGCUCAAUCGGGGACAUGGGAUGGGGUAGGGACAAGCUGUUUUCAAAAAUCCACGAAUAUUUCAAACCCCUCC